CAGCUACUUUAGCUAGCUAGCUAAGAAGCUAACAUCUGCCAAAUGCAAGAAAUAAAACAUCACACACCUCGAGGUAAGAAACACUCAAGCAACAGUAAAAACAUUAAACACGGUACAAGUUCUACCUGCAGGUGACUUGCUUCGUGUUCAUGUUUUAUCCUCAAUAAUAUUGGGGCAACGGUAUUUAUGUUCCCGUUGUCACGUUUGAGUGCAAGCAAAAACUUCCGCCUAUAAACCACCAGACUCGAUGAACGAAAGGUUCCGAGGGGAAGGUUCAAGACGGGUAAGCAGCCAGGACUCUCGAGCAUACGACAUGUAUGUUUAAAUACGAUUAUCUUUAAGAAUACAUAGUUAUUCUUUAUGAAUAAAACAUUUUUUAACGCGUUCAAAUUGCUUCCUUCUUUAGCAACGUGUGUCACCUCGCUCAUGUAUUUCCCGGUUGAACCUUCCAAUGGACUGCACUGUCUUGAAGUUUAACCAUUGUGGAAGAAAAAUCUAUAGUUUUGACAAAAAUAAGCUCCAAACAGAAAACACAGGGCGAAAAUGCCCAAUCUGUCAGGAGCAGAUGAGAUUCAGCCUCCUCGAGGCACCUGUCAUAGUUCCGUGUCCAUUUAGUAAUGGACACAAGGUCCGGUGCGCCUUCCUCAUUGGAUCCUCACUGGGACCUGCUUUUCUCAGGUAAAAUCAACACUUUACUGAUAUUCUUACUGUAUAUCUUACUCAUAUUGUCAACAACUGUUUAUUUUUGCAACAUUGAAUGUUAAAAUGUAAAUCAUUUUAAAUGUGUAUCUUCCCCUUUCAUGUGUCUUCCUGACCGGACCUGUCAUGGUGUUUGUCACAGUGAAUGGCAGGACUCUGAGCUGCAUGUUGGAGUUACUAACUCACAAGGUGCCUUCAGAUUAGUUUACUUGCAGUUUGUGUGAGUUAGACUGGACUAGGUAACUAGAUCUGAUGUCUGUGUGUGUGUUCAAGGUGUGGUGUACAGCUACACCUCCUCAGGAGUCCAGAGAGAGGACCAGGGCUGGGAGCAGUGCCUCUGUGUGCCGCUGGUGGCCCCCGGGACUGGCAGCUUUGGAACAAUGUGGGACACUGAGCUGGAACAGUUCUCCCUCCUCUCCACCUGGUCACGACACAGGUGAAUAUUACGAAUGGAAAUAGUACAUUCUGAAAACCUAAUAGUUAAAGAUGGUGGUGCCACUUUAGAAAUCCCACAUAAAGAAUACCUUUAAUAUAAAGGGGUUCUAAGUAGUUUACAAUAACAAAAACUUCAACAUGAUUAUUUUGUUUAAGACAGAGUAAUACAACUGUAUACAGUGAGCUCCAAAAGUAUUGGUACUGUGACACAUGUUUUGUUUUUGCUCUGUACUCCAGCACUUUGGAUUUGAACGGAUACAAAUAAUUUGAGGGUAUUUUCAUCCAUUUCAGGUGAACCGUUUAGAAAUUACAGCUUUUUGCACAUAGUCCCCACAUUUUAGGGAACCAAAAGUAUUGGGACACUUGUGUAUUAAAGUAGCAAAAAGUUAAGUAUUUGGUCCCAUAUUCAUAGCACGCAGUGACUACAUGAAGCCUGUGACUCUACAAACUUGUUGGAUGUAUUUGCUGUUUGUUUUGGUUGGGUUUCAGAUUAUUUUGUGCCCAAUAAAAAUGAAUGCUAAAUAAUGUAUUGUGUCAUUUUGGAGUCACUGUUAUUGUAAAUAAGAAUUGAAUAUGUUUCUAAACACUUCUACAUUCAUGUGGAUGCUACCAUGAUUACAGGUAAUCAAUCCUGAAUGAAUCGUGAAUAAAGAUGAGUGAGAAAGUUAGACGCACAAAUAUCAUACCCCCAAGACAUGCUAACCUCUCACCAUUACAAUAACAGAGGCAUUUUUGGGGGGUAUGAUAUGUGCAUCUAACUUUCUCACUCAUUAUUAUUCACAAUUCAUUCAGGAUUAUUCAUAAUCAUAAUAUGGGACCAAAUACUGAAUUUGUCCCAAUACAUUUGGGUCCCUAAAAUGGGGGGACUACUGUAUGUACAAAAAGUGCUGUAAUUUUUACGGAUGAAAAUACCCUCAAAUUAAAGCUGACAGUCUGCCCUUUAACCUUAGUCAUUGUAUCAUUUCAAAUCCAAAGUGGAGUACAGAGCCAAAACAACAACACGUGUCACUAUUGAAGCUCACUGUAUUUGCUCCAGGUUUGAAGAGGAGCGGGAGUUUGGCUCGUGUUGCUAUGGCUUUGCCCUGUCCUUCCUGAACCAGCUGAGGAGAGCAGAGGGCAGAGAGUCAGUCACCAGGGAUGACUUCACACAGCAACAUGUCCUGCCCCAUGUUAAGACUGCCUCCAAAUACAUCACAGUCUACCAAGAGAUCCAUCAACAUGGUUUCUACAUAGCUGAUUAUUAAGAUGCUUGUAUUUAGUGUAAUUUUCGUUGGGGUUUGGGAUAAAGCUUAAGGACCUUCCGUUGGACCUUGUAUACAAUUGGACAAUAAAAUAAUAUUCUUCUUUUGCUAUUGUUAAUGCAUAGUUGUUGGUCGGCACAGAUAAAUCCUGAUGCUUUUCAUUUUUAAAAAGUAAUUUACUUUGUCUGCUCAAGGGUGUAAAAUACAAACUUUCACAAAAGCUCUGACGAAGGCCCGGAGGCCGACACGUAAGCUUGAAUAAAAGAAGUUAUACUAGCAAGAGCAGUGUGCGGGGUUAAUUUUUCUAUCAAGUAAUCACAUUAUUCACAAUCAACUGCAACCAGACAACUCAGAAGUGGGAGUGUUUUUUAAAUGAUCUCUGUAAAGGAAACCAUACUGCAUAGUAGCGUACAUGGAAAAACUAUCUCCAACAAACACUGAAACAAUACAUGUGUUAACACCACACCAUGUGUAAAUGACAACACCAAACAAAAUAUAAUUAUUGUAAAAUUGACUGUGUCCAUAAAAUAUAUAUAGUAUGUAUAGGGCGGCAGGUAGCUUAGUGGUUGAGAGCGUUGUGCCAGUAACCGAAAGGUCGCUGGUUCUAAUCCCCGAGCCGACUAGGUGAAAAAUCUGUCUAUGUGCCCUUGAGCAAGGCACUUAACCCUAAUUGCUCCUGUAAGUCGCUCUGGAUAAGAGCGUCUGCUAAAUGACUAAAAUGUAAAUGUAUAAGCUGGAAGUAGAGGCCUAAGCAUUGUUGUUCACUAGUUUACUCCAAUUAAGGGAGGGGUGGUGGGGUUGGAAAGUAAAAAAAUAUAUAUUUUUAAAGGAUGUAUGUAUGUAUGUGUAUAAACUCAGCAAAAAAAGAAACGUCCCUUUUUCAGGACCCUGUCUUUCAAAGAUAAUUAGUAAAAAUCCAAACAACUUCACAGAUCUUCAUUGUAAAGGGUUUAAACACUGUUUCCCAUGCUUGUUCAAUGAACCAUAAACAAUUAAUGAACAUGCACCUGUGGAACGGUCGUUAAGACACCAACAGCUUACAGACGGUAGGCAAUUAAGGUCACAGUUAUGAAAACUUAGGACACUAAAGAGGCCUUUCUACUGACUCUGAAAAACACCAAAAGAAAGAUGCCAAGGGUCCCUGCUCAUCUGCGUGAACGUGCCUUAGGCAUACUGCAAGGAGGCAUGAGGACUGCAGAUGUGGCCAGGGCAAUACAUUUUUAACGUUUAACAUUUAAGACUCCCGAGUGGCGCAGUGGUCUAAGGCACUGCAUCGCAGUGCUAGCUGUGCCACUAGAGAUCUUGGUUCGAGUCCAGGCUCUGUCGCAGCCGGCCGCGACCGGGAGACCCAUGGGCGGCGCACAAUUUUUAAAAUAAAAAUAUCAACAACAAAAAAAAUAACAUGUAUGCAUUCACUAACUGUAAGUGGCUCUGGAUAAGAGCGUCUGCUAAAUGACUCAUUAACUGUAAGUGGCUCUGGAUAAGAGCGUCUGCUAAAUGACUCACUAACUGUAAGUGGCUCUGGAUAAGAGCGUCUGCUAAAUGACUCACUAACUGUAAGUGGCUCUGGAUAAGAGCGUCUGCUAAAUUACUCAUUAACUGUAAGUCGCUCUGGAUAAGAGCGUCUGCUAAAUGACUCACUAACUGGAAGUGGCUCUGGAUAAGAGCGUCUGCUAAAUGACGUAAAUGUAAAAAGUCAUUUAGCAGACGCUCUUAUCCAGAGCUACUUACAAAUUGGUGCAUUCAACUUAGGAUAGCCAGUGGGCCAACCACCCUUUUUUUUUUUUUUAUGGGGGGUGGGGGAGGGGGGGUAGAAGGAUUAUUGUUAUCCCAUUCCAGGUAUUCCUUAAAGAGGUAGGGUUUCAAGUGUCUCCGGAAGGUGGUCAGUGACUCCGCUGUCCUGGCGUCGGGGGGGAGCUUGUUCCACCAUUGGGGUGUCAGAGCAGCGAAUAGCUUUGACUGGGCUGAGCGGGAACUGUGCUUCCGUAGAGGUAGGGGGGCUAGCAGGCCAGAGGUGGAUGAACGUAGUGCCCUCGUUUGGGUGUGGGGUCUGAUCAGAGCCUGAAGGUAAGGAGGUGCCAUUCCCCUCACAGCUCCGUAGGCAAGCACCAUGGUUUUGUAAUAGAUGCGAGCUUCAACUGGAAGCCAGUGGAGUGUGCGGAGGAGCGGGGUGACAUGAGAGAACUUGGGAAGGUUGAACACCAGACGGGCUGUGGCAUUCUGGAUGAGUUGUAGGGGUUUAAUGGCACAGGCAGGGAGCCCAGCCAACAGCGAGUUGCAGUAAUCAAGUGCCUGGAUUGACAAGUGCCUGGAUUAGGACCUGUGCCGCUUUCUGUGUAAGGUAGGUUCGUACUCUGCGAAAGUUGUAGAGCAUGAACCUGCAGGAUCGGGUCACCGCUUUGAUGUUAGCGGAGAACAACAGGGUGUUGUCCAGGGUCACGCCAAGGUUCUUUGUACUCUGGGAGGAGGACACAAUGGAGUUGUCAACCGUGAUGGCGAGAUCAUGGAGCGGAGAGUCCUUCCCCGGGAGGAAGAGCAGCUCCAUCUUGCCGAGGUUCAGCUUGAGGUGGUGAUCCGACAUCCACACUGAUAUAUCUGCCAGACAUGCAGAGAUGCGAUUCGCCACCUGGUUAUCAGAAGGGGGAAAGGAGAAAAUGAAUUGUGUGUCAUCUGCGUAGCAAUGAUAGGAGAGACCAUGUGAGGAUAUGACAGAGCCAAGUGACUUGGCGUAUAGAGAGAAUAGGAGAGGGCCUAGAACUAAGCCGUGGAGGACACCAGUGGUGAGAGCACGUGGUGCGGAGACAGAUUCUCGCCACGCCACCUGGUAGGAGCGACCUGUCAGAUAGGACGCAAUCCAAGAGCGAGAGUUUUCCACUUGUGUGGGUUGUAGACUCCGUCUCAUGCUACCACUAGAGUGAAAGCACUGCCAGCAUUCAAAAGUAACCAAAACAUCAGCCAGGAAGCAUAGGAACUGAGAAGUGGUCUGUGGUCACCACCUGCAAAACCAGUCCUUUAUUGGGGGUGUCUUGCUAAUUGCCUAUAAUUUCCACCUGUUGUCUAUUCCAUUUGCACAACAGCAUGUGAAAUGUAUUGUCAAUCAGUGUUGCUUCCUAAGUGGACAGUUUGAUUUCACAGAAGUGUGAUUGACUUGGAGUUACAUUGUGUUGUUUAAGUGUUCCCUUAAUUUUUUUGAGCAGUGUAUAUUUGCGGGGAAAAAACAUAUGGGGGAUUGGAAGUGAUGCAGACAAUUACAUUGAUGGAAGUUACAAUCUAUCUGCAAUAUUAAAGCUGAUCUACCCCCUAAAAACAAACACACAUAAAAAAAUACAAAAAAUACAAAUAAAAACGUGUUAUUAACAACACCACACCACACCAUGUGUUAUUGAUAACACCACACCACACCAUGUGUUAUUGACCACACCACACCAUGUGUUAUUGACAACACCACACCAUGUGUUAUUGACAACACCACACCAUGUGUUAUUGACAACACCACACCAUGUGUUAUUGACAACACCACACCAUGUGUUAUUGACAACACCACACCAUGUGUUAUUGACAACACCACACCAUGUGUUAUUGACAACACCACACCAUGUGUUAUUGACAACACCACACCAUGUGUUAUUGACCACACCACACCAUGUGUUAUUGACAACACCACACCACACCAUGUGUUAUUGACAACACCACACCAUGUGUUAUUGACAACACCACACCAUGUGUUAUUGACAACACCACACCAUGUGUUAUUGACAACACCACACCAUGUGUUAUUGACAACACCACACCAUGUGUUAUUAACAACACCACACCACACCAUGUGUUAUUGACAACACAACACCACACCAUGUGUUAUUGACAACACCACACCAUGUGUUAUUGACAACACCACACCAUGUGUUAUUGGCAAUACCACACCAUGUGUUAUUGACAAAACCACACCAUGUGUUAUUGACAACACCACACCAUGUGUUAUUGGCAACACCACACCAUGUGUUAUUGACAACACCACACCAUGUGUUAUUGACCACACCACACCAUGUGUUAUUGACAACACCACACCACACCAUGUGUUAUUGACAACACCACACCAUGUGUUAUUGACAACACCACACCAUGUGUUAUUGACAACACCACACCAUGUGUUAUUGACCACACCACACCAUGUGUUAUUGACAACACCACACCAUGUGUUAUUGACAACACCACACCAUGUGUUAUUGACAACACCACACCAUGUGUUAUUGACAACACCACACCAUGUGUUAUUGGCAACACCACACCAUGUGUUAUUGACAACACCACACCACACCAUGUGUUAUUGACAACACCACACCACGUGUUAUUGACCACACCACACCACAUGUUAUUGACCACACCACACCAUGUGUUAUUGACAACACCACACCACACCAUGUGUUAUUGACAACACCACACCACACCAUGUGUUAUUGACAACACCACACCACACCAUGUGUUAUUGACAACACCACACCAUGUGUUAUUGACAACACCACACCAUGUGUUAUUGACAACACCACACCAUGUGUUAUUGACAACACCACACCACACCAUGUGUUAUUGACAACACCACACCAUGUGUUAUUGACAACACCACACCACACCAUGUGUUAUUGACAACACCACACCAUGUGUUAUUGACAACACCACACCAUGUGUUAUUGACAACACCACACCAUGUGUUAUUGACAACACCACACCACACCAUGUGUUAUUGACCACACCACACCAUGUGUUAUUGACAACACCACACCAUGUGUUAUUGACAACACCACACCAUGUGUUAUUGACAACACCACACCAUGUGUUAUUGACAACACCACACCAUGUGUUAUUGACAACACCACACCAUGUGUUAUUGACAAACACCACACAUGUGUUAUUGACAACACCACCACCAUUUGUUAUUGACCACACCACACCAUGUGUUAUUGACAACACCACCACCAUGUGUUAUUGACAACACCACACCAUGUGUUAUUGACAACACCACACCAUGUGUUAUUGACCACACCACACCAUGUGUAUGACAACAACACCCACACCAUGUGUUAUUGACAACACCACACCAUGUGUUAUUGACAACACCACACCACACCAUGUGUUAUUGACAACACCACACCAUGUGUUAUUGACAACACCACACCAUGUGUUAUUGACAACACCACACCACACCAUGUGUUAUUGACAACACCACACCAUGUGUUAUUGACAACACCACACAUGUGUUAUUGACAACACCACACCAUGUGUUAUUGACAACACCACACUACACCAUGUGUUAUUGACAACACCACACCAUGUGUUAUUGACCACACCACACCAUGUGUUAUUGACAACACCACACCAUGUGUUAUUGACAACACAACACCAUGUGUUAUUGACAACACCACACCACACCAUGUGUUAUUGACAACACCACACCAUGUGUUAUUGACAACACCACACCACACCAUGUGUUAUUGACAACACCACACCACACCAUGUGUUAUUGACAACACCACACCAUGUGUUAUUGACAACACCACACCAUGUGUUAUUGACAACACAACACCACACCAUGUGUUAUUGACAACACCAAAUCAUGUGUUAUUGACAAAACCACACCAUGUGUUAUAGGACUUAACUUAACCCUUUACAGUGAGCUAUUUAGACAGUAUAGGACUGACCCUAACCCUAACCCUUUACUGUGAGCUAUUUAGACAGUAUAGGACUGACCCUAACCCUUUACUGUGAGCUACCUAGACAGUAUAGGACUGACCCUAACCCUAACCCUUUACAGUGAGCUAUUUAGACAGUAUAGGACUGACCCUAACCCUAACCCUUUACAGUGAGCUAUUUAGACAGUAUAGGACUGACCCUAACCCUAACCCUUUACAGUGAGCUAUUUAGACAGUAUAGGACUGACCCUAACCCUUUACAGUGAGCUAUUUAGACAGUAUAGGACUGACCCUAACCCUAACCCUUUACAGUGAGCUAUUUAGACAGUAUAGGACUGACCCUAACCCUUUACAGUGAGCUAUUUAGACAGUAUAGGACUGACCCUAACCCUAACCCUUUACAGUGAGCUAUUUAGACAGUAUAGGACUGACCCUAACCCUUUACAGUGAGCUACCUAGACAGUAUAAUACUGACCCUAACCCUAACCCUUUACUGUGAGCUAAGGACUGAGCAAAACACAGGACUGCCGAACAGAGGAGUAUGGGGACAGGAUAGGUGCAACCUGAUAGGCCCCAGACGAUCUGUGACAAAUGAGAAGGUUGUGUGAGUUGAGCGUCACAGACCAGAGAGGUUAAAUUACCCUGCUCUCCUGCUAGGGUGUUCGUGGUUAAAUUACCCUGCUCUCCUGCUAGGGUGUUCGUGCGAAGACCUAGCACUGGGUAGGGAACUUAGUAAGCUACCUAGUAGGGAAGCUCUAUUUGCUCUGUUUCCAUGGAGAAAAAGAGUGUGAUUAAGUUCAGCCACUGUCAGAAGGAUAUCUUCUGUUUCUACGUCCCAGAGAAAUGUCCAGAGUGUGGAGUGAGCUUCAUCGGUGGCAGGCUGGAGCAGGCUCCUAUCAGUAUCCCCAACCCAUUUUCUAAUGGACACAAGACUCCAUGCUGCUUCCUGGUCGCACCUGCUGAGGAAAACAACCUCAGGUAACCAAUGACUACUGUGUUGGUGUAAAAGGCAACAUGCAAUUCUUAGCAGAUGAACCCUAACCCUUAGGACUAACCCUAACCCUAACCCAUGGACAGCUGUUCCACACAUCAUAUUGCUGUGUUUAGGGAGAUAGGGUUAGGACUACUGGGAUUACAGACAAUAUAUGACCAAUCUACAGAGAUUGACUGUAGAUUGAUAUUGCUGUGUUUAGGGAGUUAGGGUUAGGACUACUGGGAUUACAGACAAUAUAGGACCAAUCUACAGAGAUUGACUGUAGAUUGAUAUUGCUGUGUUUAGGGAGUUAGGGUUAGGACUACUGGGAUUACAGACAAUAUAGGACCAAUCUACAGAGAUUGAAUGUAGAUUGAUAUUGCUGUGUUUAGGGAGUUAGGGUUAGGACUACUGGGAUUACAGACAAUAUAUGACCAAUCUACAGAGAUUGAAUGUAGAUUGAUAUUGCUGUGUUUAGGGAGUUAGGGUUAGGACUACUGGGAUUACAGACAAUAUAUGACCAAUCUACAGAGAUUGACUGUAGAUUGAUAUUGCUGUGUUUAGGGAGUUAGGGUUAGGACUACUGGGAUUACAGACAAUAUAGGACCAAUCUACAGAGAUUGACUGUAGAUUGAUAUUGCUGUGUUUAGGGAGUUAGGGUUAGGACUACUGGGAUUACAGACAAUAUAGGACCAAUCUACAGAGAUUGAAUGUAGAUUGAUAUUGCUGUGUUUAGGGAGUUAGGGUUAGGACUACUGGGAUUACAGACAAUAUAUGACCAAUCUACAGAGAUUGACUGUAGAUUGAUAUUGCUGUGUUUAGGGAGUUAGGGUUAGGACUACUGGGAUUACAGACAAUAUAUGACCAAUCUACAGAGAUUGACUGUAGAUUGAUAUUGCUGUGUUUAGGGAGUUAGGGUUAGGACUACUGGGAUUACAGACAAUAUAGGACCAAUCUACAGAGAUUGAAUGUAGAUUGAUAUUGCUGUGUUUAGGGAGUUAGGGUUAGGACUACUGGGAUUACAGACAAUAUAGGACCAAUCUACAGAGAUUGACUGUAGAUUGAUAUUGCUGUGUUUAGGGAGUUAGGGUUAGGACUACUGGGAUUACAGACAAUAUAGGACCAAUCUACAGAGAUUGACUGUAGAUUGAUAUUGCUGUGUUUAGGGAGUUAGGGUUAGGACUACUGGGAUUACAGACAAUAUAGGACCAAUCUACAGAGAUUGACUGUAGAUUGAUAUUGCUGUGUUUAGGGAGUUAGGGUUAGGACUACUGGGAUUACAGACAAUAUAGGACCAAUCUACAGAGAUUGACUGUAGAUUGAUAUUGCUGUGUUUAGGGAGUUAGGGUUAGGACUACUGGGAUUACAGACAAUAUAGGACCAAUCUACAGAGAUUGAAUGUAGAUUGAUAUUGCUGUGUUUAGGGAGUUAGGGUUAGGACUACUGGGAUUACAGACAAUAUAGGACCAAUCUACAGAGAUUGAAUGUAGAUUGAUAUUGCUGUGUUUAGGGAGUUAGGGUUAGGACUACUGGGAUUACAGACAAUAUAUGACCAAUCUACAGAGAUUGACUGUAGAUUGAUAUUGCUGUGUUUAGGGAGUUAGGGUUAGGACUACUGGGAUUACAGACAAUAUAGGACCAAUCUACAGAGAUUGACUGUAGAUUGAUAUUGCUGUGUUUAGGGAGUUAGGGUUAGGACUACUGGGAUUACAGACAAUAUAGGACCAAUCUACAGAGAUUGAAUGUAGAUUGAUAUUGCUGUGUUUAGGGAGUUAGGGUUAGGACUACUGGGAUUACAGACAAUAUAUGACCAAUCUACAGAGAUUGACUGUAGAUUGAUAUUGCUGUGUUUAGGGAGUUAGGGUUAGGACUACUGGGAUUACAGACAAUAUAUGACCAAUCUACAGAGAUUGACUGUAGAUUGAUAUUGCUGUGUUUAGGGAGUUAGGGUUAGGACUACUGGGAUUACAGACAAUAUAGGACCAAACCAAGAGAUUGACUGUAGAUUGAUAUUGCUGUGUUUAGGGAGUUUGAUGGAGGCUCAGACCUACACACUGGGAUCACAGACACUAAUGGUAGGUUCCAUUUCCACACAUACUGUAGCUGUACAUGCUACAACUUCCCUUCACAAUUUAACAUCAACAUGUCAUUAAGACUAAAACUGCAUACGCUUAAUACUGACAGUCAGUGUAUUUGUUCUAUAGGACUGGUGUUCAACUACACUAAGCCAGGGGUCCGGCAGGACCAGCGAGGCUGGGAGAUGUGUAUCAGUAUUCCCCUGAUCCAACCAGACAUGUUCAACCUCCUCAACCAGUGGGACCAAUACCUCAACAAGUUCUCAGAUGCCGAGAUGUGGGACCCAGCAUACAAAAGGUGCACCUUCGUAUUGAACUUUAAGAUCCUAUUACUGUAUUACUGAUAUAGGAACAGUUGAUAAAUUAUUACUGUAUUACUGACAGAGGAACAGUUGAUAAAGUAUAUUACUGUAUUACUGACAGAGGAACAGUUGAUAAAGUAUAUUACUGUAUUACUGACAGAGGAACAGUUGAUAAAGUAUAUUACUGUAUUACUGACAGAGGAACAGUUGAUAAAGUAUAUUACUGUAUUACUGACAGAGGAACAGUUGAUAAAGUAUAUUACUGUAUUACUGACAGAGGAACAGUUGAUAAAGUAUAUUACUGUAUUACUGACAGAGGAACAGUUGAUAAAGUAUAUUACUGUAUUACUGACAGAGGAACAGUUGAUAAAUUAUUACUGUAUUACUGACAGAGGAACAGUUGAUAAAUUAUUACUGUAUUACUGACAGAGGAACAGUUGAUAAAUUAUUACUGUAUUACUGACAGAGGAACAGUUGUUCAAAUAUAUUACUGUAUUACUGACAGAGGAACAGUUGAUAAAGUAUAUUACUGUAUUACUGACGGAGGAACAGUUGAUAAAGUAUAUUACUGUAUUACUGACAGAGGAACAGUUGAUAAAGUAUAUUACUGUAUUACUGACAGAGGAACAGUUGUUAAAAUAUAUUACUGUAUUACUGACAGAGGAACAGUUGAUAAAUUAUUACUGUAUUACUGACAGAGGAACAGUUGAUAAAGUAUAUUACUGUAUUACUGACAGAGGAACAGUUGUUCAAAUAUAUUACUGUAUUACUGACAGAGGAACAGUUGAUAAAGUAUAUUACUGUAUUACUGACAGAGGAACAGUUGAUAAAGUAUAUUACUGUAUUACUGACAGAGGAACAGUUGAUAAAGUAUAUUACUGUAUUACUGACAGAGGAACAGUUGAUAAAGUAUAUUACUGUAUUACUGACAGAGGAACAGUUGAUAAAGUAUAUUACUGUAUUACUGACAGAGGAACAGUUGAUAAAUUAUUACUGUAUUACUGACAGAGGAACAGUUGAUAAAUUAUUACUGUAUUACUGACAGAGGAACAGUUGAUAAAUUAUUACUGUAUUACUGACAGAGGAACAGUUGUUCAAAUAUAUUACUGUAUUACUGACAGAGGAACAGUUGAUAAAGUAUAUUACUGUAUUACUGACAGAGGAACAGUUGAUAAAGUAUAUUACUGUAUUACUGACAGAGGAACAGUUGAUAAAGUAUAUUACUGUAUUACUGACAGAGGAACAGUUGUUAAAAUAUAUUACUGUAUUACUGACAGAGGAACAGUUGAUAAAUUAUUACUGUAUUACUGACAGAGGAACAGUUGAUAAAGUAUAUUACUGUAUUACUGACAGAGGAACAGUUGUUCAAAUAUAUUACUGUAUUACUGACAGAGGAACAGUUGAUAAAGUAUAUUACUGUAUUACUGACAGAGGAACAGUUGAUAAAGUAUAUUACUGUAUUACUGACAGAGGAACAGUUGUUCAAAUCUAUUACUGUAUUACUGACAGAGGAACAGUUGAUAAAGUAUAUUACUGUAUUACUGACAGAGGAACAGUUGUUCAAAUCUAUUACUGUAUUACUGACAGAGGAACAGUUGUUCAAAUCUAUUACUGUAUUACUGACAGAGGAACAGUUGUUCAAAUCUAUUACUGUAUUACUGACAGAGGAACAGUUGAUAAAGUAUAUUACUGUAUUACUGACAGAGGAACAGUUGAUAAAGUAUAUUACUGUAUUACUGACAGAGGAACAGUUGUUUUAGCAUUGAGGUAUUGUAUUAAAGUAUUGUAAUGAACAUGUUUAUCUUCUGGUCCUGUAGGUUUAAUGAGGAGACCCACAACUGCUACAACUACACCCUGAUGUUUCUAAACUGUGUGCUAGCAACACAGGGGAAAGGUUCUCUGACCAAAGACCAGUUCACUCAGAGCUUCGUCCUGCCCAGGAUCAAGAGAGCCUGGAAAUACACCACAAUGUGCAGGGAGAUAUCACAGAACUACUUCUAUAUAGUGGACAGUCCUGUUAAUACUACAUAG